AUGGUCUCGGGAGAUAGCUCGACCUUGGGAUUCCCGAUCAGUGUUGGGACGUCCAACUAUGUUUUCCUAUUCGUCCUCAUACCGGACCAGACUAUCUUUCAGGGGGUUCUCCUGAGCGGGGAUGCCACCAUAGUCACCUCGGGAGAUGGUACCUCCGGUAGCUAUGCUGACUCCGGAGUAUCCUGGAGCGGAGCGGACGAUCUCUCUUCCUACGUCGUGACUGUUGACGACCCACUGCUUGGGGUCGUUGGCAAUAUAACUUUAAAUUCGGCCACGGUCGAGUCGGCCCUUACUCUCGGGUCUGGUUCGAUGCCAUCGCCACCAACGAUCAAGACUACCAUCAUUGUCUGGCCCACUGGAGCAAACUCUGAAUACCCUCGGGCUCCACGGCAAGGAGAGCCAAGUGGCUUUCACAUCGAGUUCACCACUAACGAAGGUACCUUUGUAGCCGAUGUAGUGAAUAAGGCCGUGUCGUGGCAGCCGCCGAUCAUCUCCGGCGGCUAUACACGCUGGGUGGGCAAUAUCACCGGCGGUUUCGAAGGUCAAGAGGAGUACGAGGGAGCGACUGUGCAUGAGUGGUUCCACUUCUGGCUCAAUGUCUAA